UAAGAAAUCUUAAUUUUCUUUCUUCAAUUAACUAGAUUAAAGGAUUAAUCUUAUAUGACGUUAUCAAAAGAUUAAAGGCUCACGUUUCAAUUGCAUUUUGAGAUGUUGAAUAAUUUAAUUUCUGAAUUGUUAUUUAAAUUAAGGUGAGUGAUCCUAAUUUAUUUCAGGGAAGAAUGGAAUGUGCUGCGCACUUCUUACAUAAAUGUGAAAAUCGCGGCGCAAAGAAUUUUGUUUACUUAUAAAUAAUAAUAAAACGGACUAGUAACUUAAGACCCAUUUCAAACAAGUACAACCACAAGAAAUUUAUAAAAUUGGUGUAGCUGCGUCAAGAGAAAGACAAAAUGCCGGCCAACGUUCUACCGGAUAUGGAUGAGCCCCGGCUCAAGGCUUUAGGCAAACAGUUGAAUCGAAGUCGGAAAGCAUCUAUCAUAAGUAAUGGCAAAGUGAAAGACAAUCUUGACGUUUAUGUAAAGAGCUUAAAUAAGGCUCAGAAAAGUUUGGACGGGAAGUAUAAUCUGAAAAGUUCCCGGCUAAAGAAAAACUUGGCUCGUGUAAGAGGGACACAAAAGGUGCUCAAGUCUAGGAGAGAGCAAACCUUCUGGGAAGACUCGGACGAAUAUCCUUAUGGAAUAUAUGAAGGUGAAAAACUUGAUUCUUUACGUAGAGAAGUUGACAACGUAAUCGAACUUAAACAUCCUAAACAUCGAAGACAAAAGAAAGUGGAGUAUAACCUACGUGAGGGUAAAAACAUGGGUAAACUUUUGGACGAGGAGGAUGCAAAAAUGCAAUUCAAUAUGAUUAUGUCAAACGACAGGAAAAACCCUUACUUACAGAGAGAAAAUGCUCUUACAAGAACUUUCUUUCAUAGAGCAGUCCCGAAUAAGAUAGAAGCCUUCUUAGACGAUCUUCAAGUGGCAAAAAAGAUUCAACACAGGAGGCCACUCAUUGAAACACUUGAUGAGAAAAGAAGUAAGAAACGGCCGGAAAACAACUUUGAACAGCCAGCAGGAUUACGAAAUGAGCUACAUUUACAUGACAUUGGAAGUCCGUAUGAUUCAGGGGUGUGUACACCUAGUGAAUUCUCAGAAGAGGAUGUGUUCAAGGAAUCAUCUCGUGAACCUCAGCAUUAUAGUUUGCCUCCAAUCACUGCUAGAAAAGAAGUUGUAACGAAAAAAGGACUGAAAGAGAAAUCUAAUUUGACACUCCCAAAUCUCAGUGUGAGACGGGCGACAAAAGGCGAUAUUAUGUCUAUGAGUAGAGAUCAAUUGAAAACGGACAGAUUUAAAAGCAGGAGGGCAACGACUUUUAUCUUUUGAUCCAAAUACGAUAAUUGCAGAUAAUGCCCGAAAACAUAUUACAUGCACACAUGCAAACCACGGAAAACUAACUUGCGUAGGACUCUCCAUUGCGAUUGUACUAUUCAUUUACAUUUAUGUGCACGGGCUAGGUCCGACACUUGAACCUAGGCGUUUAUAGAUGAGUUUCGCCAGGGUCUUUCAAAUAGAAUUGUAUUUUAAAGACCCUGGUUUCGCAUGUAGGGGACGACGUAAUGUAAUUCGAGGAAAAUAAUAAUACGGAUCUAACUCAAACGGAAAUGCUCGAAAUUUUAAAUGUCCAAUGCAUGAACAUUUGAAAUUUACUUCACUUUGCGCAAAGAGGUACUGGGUGUUAACGUUAUUCCAUGAUUUUUUAUUAUUAAUGCACAUUGGUGCGAUAUUGUUGAGACUUUGAUGGCAAAAAUCGUUCUCUACACAAAGCUGACGAAAAACAACGGUUUAUACUUAUAAUUAGAGAAACCGACUCAGUCGGGACUGCUUUUGAAUUAGCUUCGAAAGUGAAACGAACUGGAAACAUAUCGAUCCCUGGCAUGAUUUCGUUUACUUUUCGUUUACAUAUAACUCGGUUUGGUUUUACAAAAGUUGUGGGUGUAAACACAUUUGUUAAGAUUAAAUAAAUUUUGUAAUUCGAUUUUGCUAAAA